AUUGCCAGCAACCAAAGACUGUAGGCCCAGUUGGCCAGGUCUAUUAGCUUUGUAGCUAACGUGUUAGCUAGCUAACUAACUGGCUACCAUUCGUAAUUUAGCAGCUGGCACAGACAAAACCAGGCAGUUUAGCAAAACAGACAAUUUGGCAAAUUAGUCAUUAGUAAUGAAAAUACGUAUUAUUUAUCAGGUGUGAUUGUUUGGAUGACCAAUAUUUAUUGUAAAAACAUGACAUUUUAAGGUUAGCUAGAAACUUAGGAAUCAAUUAGCAGGAGGUUUUGUUUAUUUUUUGUUGUUGCAAUGACUAGUGUCUAUAACAUAGCUAACUAGCUAUGAGCAUCAAUUCUGUUAAUAUUCUCGCUAGUUUAACACCAUUUCAUUUUUUAAAAUCUGCUCAUAAUAAUCUGCCAAUAAUAGUUUGAACACUACACGUGAUGUGUAAAGGCACCAGAUGCACAACUGCUGAAUACUUUUCUGAAAAAAUUACUGCUAAAGACACUAAUGUUAUGGUGCAAUUAUGAGACAUUGUUUUACGUACAAAUGAAUGGAUUUCAAUUGAAAUGUACAAACAAUAUUGCUAUAAUAUUCAACAGUAUUUCUACAGCAAGGGAAAAACUGCAAUAACAUUAGUCCAACUGAGUCAGCUAUUCUAGUCAUGCAAUGGUAAUCACUUUGUACAGUUUAUUUGCCGUUUCUAAUAAGAGUAAGUUUAUCAGUAAGUCCGGGUGUGUCUUGAAACGUCUGUAAAGGCAUGCAUAUGUUGUACAAGGAUUAUCUGCAUCUCAUCAAAUGAGGAUAUUGUUUACAAAUGCAAUGUAGGUACAGGAGAUGUAGGCACAAUGUCCCAUCCAAGAAGGAUAUAAACACUUAUUUGAUAAGGGGAUGAGUGCUGUGCAGUGUAUAUGACCAGCUGUCUCCAGCCUGAUGGGAGGACUCUGUGGAUAGCAGCACCUUCAUCAGGACCCCAGGAGGAGAGCAGCCAUCCCGUCCCAGUCUCAUGUCCCACGCCCUUCCCCUGCCAAGGAGGGCCGUUCAGAAUGAAGAAAAUCAGCCUUAAGACCAUCUGCAAGUCCCUCAACAUCAACAAGGGCAAGGAAGAAGGAGGGGGGGAUUUUGUCAUGCUCCAUCAGCCCUCGCCAGCGGUCGACUUCUCCAAGGAGGACUCUCUUUUCAGGGGCUGCUACACCAAAGAGCUGGCGGGCUGCGACCUUGGAGGUGGUGGUGGAGGAGUUGAAGAAGAGGAGAAGGCGGGACACAACAAGGGCCGCUCUAAGAGCGAGAGUCUGAUGGGUUCUCUGAAGAGGAGGCUGUCGGCCAAGCAGAAGGCCAAAGUCAAAGGGGGCUCCACAGCCAUGGGGUCAGUUGAUGAUGACGAUACCUUCUCCUCCUCCUCUGUGCCCAUCAGCUUCAACGAGGUCAAGGCCCAGCGGCCAUUACGAUCGGCAUCCCUCCGCAGCCACCAUUACAGCCCCUCUCCCUGGCCCCUGCGGCCUGUGAACUCAGACGAAGCCUGCAUCAAGAUGGAGGUGAAAGUUAAAGCCAUGGUCCACUCUCCGAGCCCCAGCCCCAACCUGAAUGGUGUGCGGAAGGAUUUCCACCACCAGGACUUCCAGAUGGAGGGCAUCUUUCAGGAGCAGGCCGUGAAGAACCUCCAGGAGCAGGCAGAGUCCCUGAAGAACCUCCAGCAGCCCCAAAACGGUGACCAGCUGCACCUGAACAUUGACGAACACGUGCCUGUAGUCUUGGGCUGCACGCCGCAGGACUACAUCCAGUACACCAUGCCUUUAGAGGAGGGAAUGUACCCAGAGGGGUCCCACUCUGUCUCCCACUCCUUCUGCCUGGACGGGUCCCUGCCUAUGGAGGUGGCGACUGAGGCGGACAGUAGCUCUCUCCACGCUGACCAGCAGAGUCAGGAAGACCAGGAUCUGGUGAGUAUGAACCUGAACCUGCCAGCGGACCUCUUCAUGGAGUCUGUGAACGGCCUCCUCAUCGGCUCUAACGGCGUGAUGCUCCAGAGCUCCAGGGACAGGGUCGAUGCCCAUCAACACCCCCCUCCUCCCCCCCUCUCUCCCCUCCUGCCCUUGCUACCCAGCAAUGAGAUCCCCCGGACUUGCUCCAGGUUCAGUGGUGCGUACAGCCACGUGGCGGAGCGGGUGAGGCACCACUUAAACUUUGACCCCAACUCGGCUCCGGGCGUGAGCCUGGUGUAUGACUCAGUCCAGAGCAGCGGACCCAUGGUUGUGACCAGCCUGACCGAGGAGCUGAAGAAGCUAGCCAGGCAGGGUUGGUACUGGGGGCCCAUCACACGCUGGGAGGCUGAGGAGAAGCUGGUCAACCUGCCUGACGGCUCGUUCCUGGUCAGGGACAGCUCGGACGACAGGUACCUCCUCAGCCUUAGUUUCCGCUCCCAGACCAAGACCCUCCACACCCGCAUCGAACACUCCAACGGACGCUUCAGCUUCUACGAGCAACCCGACGUGGAGGGACACACGUCCAUCGUAGACCUGAUAGAAUACUCCAUAAAAGAUUCGGAGAAUGGAGCCUUCUGUUAUUCUAGAUCUCGCUUACCAGGGUCCGCCACCUAUCCUGUCAGGCUGACCAAUCCCGUGUCUCGUUUUAUGCAAGUGCGCUCCCUGCAGUACCUGUGUCGAUUCGUGAUCAGACAGUACACCAGGAUUGACCUGAUUCAGAACCUGCCUUUGCCCAACAAGAUGAAAGACUACCUGCAGGAGAAGCACUACUGACAUGGUUGACACUGACAUGAGAUGGGACAGACAAUGGUAGCAACUUGCACUUUUGGGUUCAGUUUAAGAGAUUUAACAAAGGUUUACAGACAUCCAUCGUUUAGAGAAGAUCGAUUGGGUUUCAUUGGCUCUUUGUUUUUGCCCAGGGACGUGUCCAAAAUGGAACCCUAUUCCGUAUGUUGUGCAGUACUUCUACCAAAAACACUGGCUAUAAGUAGUGCAAUAAAUUGGGAAUAGUGAGCC